CCUCUACUUGGCCAGAAUGGAACAGCUGAAGGGUGUUGACUGGACAGUCAUCAUCCUGACAUGCCAGUACAAGGACUGUGUCCAGGUCUUUCAGAGAGAGCUGGAAGUGCGGCAGAAGCGUGAGCAGAUCCCCACCGGGACACUGUUACUGGCUGUGGAGGACCCUGAGACGCGUGUGGGCAGCGGAGGAGCCACCCUCAAUGCCCUGCUGGUGGCUGCUGAACACCUGAGUGCCCGGGCAGGCUUCACUGUGGUCACAUCUGAUGUCCUGCACUCGGCCUGGAUCCUCAUUCUGCACUUGGGCCGAGACUUCCCCUUCGAUGACUGUGGCCGGGCCUUCACCUGCCUCCCUGUGGAGACCCCCCAGGCCCCAGUGGAGGCCUCGGUCUGCAACCUGGACUGCUUGCUGGAUAUCAUGACCCAUCGGUUGGGCCUGGGCUCCCCACCAGGUGUGUGGGUCUGCAGCACCGACAUGCUGUUGUCUGUUCCUCCAAAUCCCGGGAUCAGCUGGGAUGGCUUCCGGGGAGCCAGAGUGGUCGCCCUUCCAGGGAGCCCGGCCUAUGCUCUGAAUCACGGCGUCUACCUCACUGACUCCCAGGGCUUAGUUUUGGACAUUUACUACCAGGGCACUGAGGCAGAGAUACGACGAUGUGUCGGGCCUGAUGGGCACGUGCCACUGGUCUCCGGGGUUGUCUUCUUCUCUGUGGAGACUGCUGAGCACCUCCUGGCCACCCAUGUGAGCCCACCUUUGGAUGCCUGCACCUACAUGGGCUUGGACUCUGGAGCCCGGCCUGUCCAGCUGUCUCUGUUUUUCGACAUCCUGCUCUGCAUGGCUCAGAAUGUGAGCAAGGAGGACUUCCUGAUGGGGCAGCCCCCGGAGUUGGGGGGAGGUGACGACGGAGCAGCAGGUUACCUGCAGGGCGCCCGGGCCCAGCUGUGGAGGGAGCUUCGCGAUCAACCCCUCACUGUGGCAUAUGUCCCUGACGGCAGCUACACCUACAUGACCUCCUCAGCCAGUGAGUUCCUGCAAAGCCUCACACUCCCUGGGGCCCCUGAGGCCCAGAUUAUACACUCCCAGGUGGAGGAACUGCAGCUCCUGGGGGCUGGGAGCUCCGUGAUCAGCUGCCUGCUGGAAGGCCCCAUCCGACUGGAUCCUGGGAGUGUCCUGCAGCACUGCCACCUGCGGGGCCCCAUCCAUAUUGGCUCUGGCUGCUUCGUGAGUGGCCUGGAUACAGCCCAGUCCAAGGCACUGCAUGGUCUGGAGCUGCGUGACCUCGUUUUGCAGGGACACCACAUGCGGCUGCAUGGCUCCCUGGGGCGUGCCUUCACGCUCACUGGCCGUCUGGACAGCUGGGAGAGACAGGGGGCAGGCACGUAUCUCAACAUGUCCUGGAGUGACUUCUUCAAGAAGACAGGCAUUCGAGACUGGGACCUGUGGGACCCAGACACGCUCCCCGCAGAGCGCUGCCUUCUCACUGCCCGCCUCUUUCCUGUGCUCCAUCCCUCGAGGGCUCCGGGGCCCCGGGACAUGCUGUGGAUGCUGGACCCACAGGAGGCAGGGGGCGAGGCCCUGCGGGCCUGGAGAGCCUCCUGGCGCCUGUCCUGGGAGCAGCUGCAGCCAUGCCUGGACCGGGCUGCCACACUGGCUUCCCGCCGGGACUUGUUCUUCCGCCAGGCCCUGUACAAGGCGCGGCAUGUGCUGGAGGCCCGGCAGGACCUCAGCCUGCGCCCACUGACCUGGGCCGCUGUCCACGAGGGCUGUCCUGGUCCCCUGCUGGCCACACUGGACCAGGUUGCAGCUAGGGCAGGGGACCCUGGUGUGGCAGCACGAGCACUGGCCUGUGUGGCGGAUGUGCUGGGCUGCAUGGCAGAGGGCCAUGGAGGCUUACGGAGUGGGCCAGCUGCCAACCCAGAGUGGACGCGGCCCUUCAUGUACCUGGAGUGUGGAGAUCUGACGAGAGGUGUGGAGGCGCUCGCCCAGGAGAGGGACAAGUGGCUGAGCAGGCCAGCCUUGCUAGUGCGAGCUGCCCGCCACUAUGAGGGGGCUGGGCAGAUCCUGAUCCGCCAGGCUGUAAUGUCAGCGCAAAACUUUGUGUCCAUGGAGCGGGUGGAGCUGCCAGCGCCUGGGCAGUGGGUAGUAGCUGAUUGCCCGGCCCGUGUGGAUUUCUCGGGGGGCUGGAGUGACACACCACCCCUUGCCUAUGAGCUUGGUGGGGCUGUGCUGGGUCUGGCUGUGCGAGUGGAUGGCCGCCGGCCCAUCGGGGCCAGAGCACGCCGCCUCCUGGAGCCUGAGCUGUGGCUGGCGAUAGGGCCUCGGCAGGAUGAGAUGGCCACAAAGAUAGUGUGCCGGAGCCUGGAGGACAUGCAGGACUACUGCCAGCCCCAUGCCCCAGGGGCCCUGCUGAAGGCGGCCUUCAUCUGUGCUGGGAUCGUGGAUAUCCGCUCCAAACUCCUGCUGAGUGAGCAGCUGCUGUGCACCUUUGGGGGCGGUUUUGAGCUGCACACCUGGUCUGAAUUGCCUCAUGGUUCUGGCCUUGGCACCAGCAGCAUCCUGGCAGGUGCCGCCCUGGCCGCCUUGCAACGGGCUGCGGGCUGGGUGGUGGGCACAGAAGCCCUGAUCCACGCAGUUUUGCACCUGGAGCAGGUGCUCACCACAGGAGGUGGCUGGCAAGACCAAGUGGGUGGCCUAAUGCCUGGCAUCAAGGUGGGGCGCUCCCGGGCUCAGCUGCCACUGAAGGUGGAGGUGGAAGGGAUCAUUGUGCCUGAGGGCUUUGUUCAGAAGCUCAAUGACCACCUGCUCCUGGUAUACACUGGCAAGACCCGUCUGGCUCGGAAUCUGCUGCAGGAAGUGUUGAGGAACUGGUAUGCCCGGCUGCCUGCUGUGGUGCAGAACGCCCGCAGGCUGGUGCAGCAAACCGAGGAGUGUGCCGAAGCCUUCCGCCAAGGAAGCCUGCCUCUGCUAGGCCAGUGCCUGACCUCGUAUUGGGAGCAAAAGAAGCUCAUGGCUCCAGGCUGUGAGCCCCUGGCUGUGCGACAUAUGAUGGAUGUCCUGGCCCCCCAUGUGCAUGGCCAGAGCCUGGCAGGGGCAGGCGGUGGGGGCUUUCUCUAUCUGUUGACCAAGGAGCCACGACAAAAGGAGGCUCUGGAGGCUGUGCUGGCCAAGACCAAGGGCCUUGGGAAUCACAGCAUCCACCUGGUAGAAGUGGACACUCAGGGCCUGAGCCUGAAGCUGCUGGGGAGUGAGGCCGCAAUCUGAUGCCCAUUCUCAUGAGGCUGGUCCCUCUCUGCAAGAGGAGAAAACCUGGAGCUCCAGGACCCCUCCCUUCCUUCCCGGACGGGCACUCUCAGUCACCUACUCCCCACUCACCUCUGCAAAUCUGCUCCUGAAGGAAGGAGAUGUGAGCAAGAUUUGGGCAAGCAGAGACAUUGCUUGGGAACAGGACUGUGACCUCCUAACAGCAACCUAGGAAUAGCCUCUGUUCCAUCUGGACUUAAGAAGGUCCUCAGCUCAGUGUCCCAUGUGGCCUCUAUAAAUCUCAUGGCCCACUUUGGGCCUUGGCCUUCUCACUUUCCACUAGGGCUGGUUGGAACGGAUGACAACCAGACUUACCAUAUGGCUGAGGGCCCUUGGUGAGUCUGACCCUGGAGAGGCCCUUUGAGGCAUUUCCUGUGGCCUUCCUUAGAGUUGUAGAGACUUCAUGCUCAACCCUCAUUCCUCAGAUCUCUUGGGGGAGUGGGAGUGAGGGUAGGGGUCCAUUCCCAAGUCUGUGGCAGUGAGCCAGUGUGGUCCUGGUGCCAAGUCACUGCCAACCUGGGCCUUAACCAGCAACACUAGACUGUGCCAACUGACUCAGUGCCUGUGGGCAAUGGGUUCUCAGUACUGUGACAUUCUUGGAAUAAAUUCACUGUCCUUCAA